CACACCCCCAGUAUUAUAGAAUACAACCAGUUCUAUAAUAUAGAAUACAACCAGUUCCUCCGUGUGGAGUUGUCCACAGCAGAAUAGUGCAAGAUGAACUCUGUGAUCGUUGUUCUGCUUGCAGCAGGUGUGGCCACGGCCGCCAAAAUACCGACCAGCUAUCCUAAAGGCAUAGAGACGAUAUGUGAGCACUACACCGCAGACACGGACUGCUCCCAAGUCAGCAGUAGGUUCACAACUGUCAAGAUAUGUGACGAUAACCUGCAGGAGCACGCUCACGGAUGCGAGUUUUACAAAGCAGCCUGCGCUGAUGAUGCAAAGAUAAGUCUGAUCUACCAGAAGUGCAAUAAGACUGGUCAGCUGUACAUUAACACUACGAGACCUACCAAACACCCCUAUCGUGUGAACCCCACCCACAGCCCCAAAGUCUGCAGGAUUGUUCAGGAGGGAUGCCCGAAGUCAUGGAAGGUGCCAAAUCUCAUGUUGUGCGGCAACGACAGAAACAUCUACAGAAGCAGGUGUGAGUUUGACACCGCCAAGUGCAUCAACCCACGACUGCGACUAAACUGGAACCUGAGGAGCUGUCUACGUAAUAAACCUACGAAACCACCCCGUGUUAUAGACACUACCCCAGCUGUCCCAGCAAGGCGGGCCCUCAACACCUGGCUGUGCUACCACAUACUUAGAGAAGAUUGCAGCAAGACGCUGACAGCUGGCGUCCAAGUCUGUGAUAGUAACGACAAAGUGUAUGCUAAUAGCUGCGAGUUCUACAAAGUCAGCUGUGCAGGUGCAGACAUAGACGACCACUGGAAAGUCUGUAAGAAAACUCCCGAACCCGCCCAGCUGAGACCCUUUGUUAACAAGGAAAACCUACAGUUCUGUCAGUCGUUGAAAGAGGGCAAAAACUGCCCUAGGUCGUGGAGGAAGAAGACCAUGAGUGUUUGUGGUUCGGACGGCAAAUUGUACAAGUCAAGAUGUUCUAUCGAAAAAGCCAAAUGUCUCCCUGCUAUAGUGACAUUCACCUAUUUGGCGAAAGGAGAGAAAUGUGUCAAACCAACAAAACCUCCGAUAGAUGGCAGCGGUAGCGGCAGUGGAGAGGGUGAGGUCCCUGUGGUGGAGGAAGCAAGGCGUGACAUAGAUGACUGGUUGUGUGACUACUUUCCAAAAACCAAGGACUGCAAAGAGACUUUGACUGCCAACUCCAAGGUGUGUGAUGCCGACGGGAAGGUAUACAAGAACAGUUGCGAGUUCUACAAAGCCCGCUGUGCAGGUGCUGAUAUCGGAGACCACUGGAAAGUUUGCAAGAAGACUAAUCCUGAAACUCUGAAACCGUUUGUUAACAAGGAGAACUCCGAGUUCUGUAAGUCGUUGAAAGCAGGCGAAGACUGUCCGAAAAGAUGGAAGCAAAAAGUUCUGAGAGUAUGUGGCUCGGACGGCAGGGUAUACAAGACUAGGUGCGCCAUAGAAAAGGCCAAGUGUGGUGACCAGCUAGUGUCUUUUACAUAUGCUGCAAAAGGUGUCAAAUGUGUCAAGCCAACAAAACCCCCGGUAGAUGGCAGUGGCAGCGGGAGCGGAGACGAGGCUUAAGUCUACUGCAUCUACUACUUUAACACAAACUGAAACACGCAGUGAGCUUCUGAUUCUCCAGGACACCAGUCCAUGAAGCAAAAAAACAAACAUUUGACAAAUUGGUUUUCAUUUCUCUCUCUCCCCAACUUUGUUCGCUAACAUUAUCACGCAGAAGACGAAAAACAAAAAACAUUUCUAAUGACAAGUGCUCUGUGGAUGUUCUAUUUUUACUCGCUCAGGCUAAUUGUUUUCGAUGAAAUGUUUCUAAGGCGAACGUGAACGAAAUGCAGGCUCGGAUUUGCUAA